GGCCGCACCUAUUAAUCCCCCGCUACGCGCCUCCGCUCCCACAUUAAGGCCAAACUUCUUCCUCCUGGGACUGACCGAUUCCCUCGAGACCCGAGCGAGCGCCUGCCCCCGCCGCCUCCCUUCGCUUCCCAGCUCGCUCGCUCACUGGUGCUCGCCCGGCUCGAUCGACCGGCAGAGAUGGGCAGGCAGCCGUGCUGCGAGAAGGUGGGCCUGAAGAAGGGCCCGUGGACGGCGGAGGAGGACCAGAAGCUCGUCGCCUUCCUCCUCUCCCACGGCCAUUGCUGCUGGAGGCUCGUCCCCAAGCUCGCAGGGCUGCUGAGGUGCGGGAAGAGCUGCCGCCUGCGAUGGACCAACUACCUGCGCCCCGACCUCAAGCGGGGCCUCCUCUCCGACGACGAGGAGAAGCUCGUCAUCGACCUCCACUCGCAGCUCGGCAACAGAUGGUCCAAGAUCGCGGCGCGGCUGCCGGGCAGGACGGACAACGAGAUCAAGAACCAUUGGAACACCCACAUCAGGAAGAAGCUCAAGAAGAUGGGCCUCGACCCCGUCACCCACCAGCCCGUCGCCGCCUCCCGCGCCGACCCCCUCGAGGACCUGCAGCAGGAGCACUGCGAUGACAAGGCCUCGUCCCAGGAAUCGGCCGGCUCCGGCACCGGCGCUGGCGCCGAGGAGGAGGCGCCGACGAGCGCCGAGCCGAAGCAGGGCGCCGCCUGCUCUGUCUCCACCGCGUCGGCCGUAUCGCCGUCCCCCUGCUCCUCCUCCUCCGCCUCGGCCUCGGCCUCCGCCGCCACGCCCGGCGGCGCCGACGUGGACUGGCCGGACCCCCUCGACCUCUUCCAGGUCGACGCAAUCAUCGACAUGGACUGGGCCAGCAUCCUGUCCGGUAGCGGCGGCGGCGGCGACAUUGGCGUCGAUCUCUUCGACCAGUGCUCCGACGUUGGCUUCGAUCAAGAGGUGUGGAUGUGAUCCUGACGAUAGCGUUUGAGGGUUAGAGUAGAUUGUGCCAGGAACACCUCACUUCUUUCCUUCUAGCUGUUUUCCUCUCACUCUCACUCUCACUCUCACUCUCUAUGUGCUCUGAUUUCUUUGGUAUCUUGGGAGAGAAUUUGUCCAUGUUCAUGCAUGCAUGCAUGCAUACUUGUUGAUAACGAAUGAGAAAAA